AUGCUUCUGCUCGUUUACGUGUAUAGAAAGUGCGUCGAGACGUUCAAAUCCAAUGUUCGGCAUCGAAAUGCUCAGGAGAUCCACAAUCUCUCCCUCAAAAUUUCGAAACGUCAAAAGCAAGUGACAAUUCAUGACAUUCUCAAAAACGAUAAUACGUCCACUACAGAAGAUGUUCCAGGUGCACUGUCUGCAAAAGCGCGGAAAGAAUAUCUGAAACGCAAGGAUAUACCAUUAGUUGUCAAAUCUUCGGCUUAUCUUCUCGGUCUUGAAAACAAAAUCAGCCUUAGGUAA